CUCUCGUCUCACUUCCCCAUGCUGGAUUAAUUCGUUUCUUGCUACGUUUCCUUUUCUUUCCCUUUUUUUUUUCUCUUUGGCGUCUCCUCUUCCGGACUUCUUGCGCACUCCAACUCCUCCAGAUCAACAAUGGCGGUAGCCGCAGAUCAGCGGAAGAAGAUCCUCAAGGUCUUGAUGACCUCGUUGCUCUUGGAUUUGAUAUCCUUCACCUUCAUUCUUCCGCUCUUUCCGUCUCUUCUCACCUUCUACCGCAACCAAGAUCCCUCGCCGAACUCCCUUCUAAACCGCGUCUUCCACUAUCUCAACGCCUACAAGAACGCCUUCGCCAAACCAAUCGACUCUCGCUAUGACAUCGUCCUCCUCGGGGGUGCCCUCGGCUCCCUCUUCUCCUUCCUGCAGGCUAUCGCAGCUCCCUGGAUUGGCCGUCUCUCCGACAAACGCGGUCGCAAAACUGCUCUCCUCUGGUCCAUGGCUGGUAACACCCUCAGCGUCGCUCUCUGGGUCGCCGCGACGGAUUUUCGCACUUUUCUCGCCAGUCGCAUCGUCGGCGGUCUUAGCGAGGGUAACGUCCAGCUAGCCAACGCUAUUGCGACCGACAUCAGCGACCCCAGCCAGCGCGGUUCCACCAUGGCCCUGGUCGGCGCGUGCUUCAGCAUCGCCUUCACCUGCGGUCCCGCCCUCGGAGCCGCCCUCUCCAACAUCACCACCGUCGCCGCAAACCCAUUCGCCACCGCCGCCGGCGUCUCCCUCCUUCUCAUCGUCGUCGAGACCGCCUACCUCUACUUCUGCCUCCCAGAAACUCACCCUCGCUUCACCAAACUUAGCCACACAUCCUCUACAACCACAACUACCAACACUGACAAGAACAAGGAUGAGCCUUCCUCCUCUUCCUCCCCACGGAAACACACCAACAACCCCGCCCUCCUCAAUGCCAUCCACUUCCUCUUCCUCCUCCCCUUCUCCGGCAUGGAGUUCUCCCUCCCCUUCCUAACCGCCACCUUCUACGCCGGCAGCCAAGCCAGCCCCUCCGCCCUGAACGGCCGUCUCCUAUCCAUGAUGGGUCUCAUCGCCUCCCUGCUUCAGGGCACCGUGGUGCGCCGCCUCCCUCCGCUCGUGACCGUGCGCGCCGGCGUCGUCGCCUGCACCAUCUCGUUCUUCAUGCUGGCGCGCGUCUCCUCGCUGUCCGGCCUAUACGCUGCCGGUGGCCUGCUGGCCAUCACGAGCGCCACCGUCGUCACAGGUCUGAACAGUCUCGGCAGCUUCGAGGCGCAGGAAUCCAACCGCGGAGCCGUCCUGGGUCGUCUCCGCAGCUGGGGCCAGGUCGGUCGCGCCGCGGGUCCCUUGCUCUUCUGCUCCCUUUUCUGGUGGGCUGGGCGCGAAAUCGCCUACACCACUGGUGGCAUCGCAAUGGUGACCGUCUGCGUCGCCGUCUUCAGCACCUUGAAGUCGCCUCCCAUUGGCGCGGGUGCGCCGCAGCAGAAGAAACCCAAGGCCUAAUACAUUCCUAACCUGGAAUGGGUGCCAUCUGUUUAGGUUGGUGCUAAUGUUUACGCUUGGAUCAGAUAAAACCCCCCGGGGGGCCUGCUAUGUAAACCAGGUAUAUGAAUGACCUCACAACUGUACUGUCAGUCUAGAAUUAGAUAUGUUAGAAUCAUGCAACAGAAUCCAC